GCGAUGACGUAGCUUGCGCAGGCGCACUCUUUCGGCCACGCGGAGGCGCCGCUGGGUGUGUGGGCGGAGCAUUCUUGAGGUCAUCUGCGUCUUCUGACUGGGAAAAGAUGGUCAACGUCUUGAAAGGAGUGCUUAUAGAAUGCGAUCCUGCCAUGAAGCAGUUUCUGCUGUACUUGGAUGAGUCCAAUGCCCUAGGGAAGAAGUUCAUCAUUCAAGACAUUGAUGACACUCACGUCUUCGUAAUAGCAGAGUUGGUUAAUAUCCUCCAGGAGCGAGUGGGUGAAUUAAUGGACCAAAAUGCUUUUUCUCUUACCCAGAAGUGAAAAUACAAGAUAUUGACCGCUUAAGAAUUAUAAGCCACAAAUGUGAAAGAAUGACACCACUCAGUAUCUUAUGUCACUGAUUAGACUUAGAGGAUUGCUUAGGAGCAUGUUACGGGAAAGAGUGUGGGGUCAUUUUUUCAGGAAAAAGCCCCUGAACUGAUUUUAUUGUACCCUAGAAUUAAAAAA